AUGAUGGAAAAACUCCUCGAGAUUAAAGCCCCUUUAUCUGUUGCAUUAACAUCACUUCCACGUGCUCCAAACGGCUUAACUGCUAUAGAAUGGCAAUUAAUUGAAGAUUGUAUUCCACUAUUGAAACCAUUUGAGAGCAUGACCACUGAACUAUCUGGACAAACUUAUCCAACUUUAUCUAUGGUAAUACCACUUGUACGAGGCCUGCAGUAUACUAUUGGAAAGAGAACGCCAAAGACUGCCACAGGUCAAAUAUUAAAAACAACACUAUCAAAUGCAGUUUCCAGACAUUUAAAAAAAAAUGCUUUUGGUCUGACUGAAAAUGCGAGCAACGUCCAAAAAUGGAUAUGUGAUGAACUAUGUGCCAUAACUUCCGAACCAGAUAAUUUAAAUACUACAACUGUAAGUGCUAAUAUUAAUGCUCAUAAACAAGAACAAUCGAAUUCGCUAUGGCAACAAUUUGACUCAAAAGUAUUACAAGUAAAAACUACAAUCACUCCAAGUGUGAUGAGCACACUGAUGUUACGCCAGUACUUAGACAUUCCACACUUGGAAAGAACAAAAAAUCCAUUGGAAUAUUGGCAACAAUAUAAACAAACGUUUCCAGAAAUGUACAAGUUAAGUUUAAAAUAUUUAUCUAUUCCAGCAACUUCAGAAAUAUGA